UUAGACGGAUUCCUGGGUCCAUUUACACACGGAUUUCCUCCAUUUUUCCUCCUUGUCUAUCUUUUGCUUUAAGAAGCAGAAUGAUCAAAGUCGACGCUUACUAAUAAUCAGUGUGUUCCCACUAAUUGACAACCCAACCGCAGCCAGAGUUCCCUUAUAAAUCACACUUCCAUUUCUUCUUCAUCUUCUUCACCAAUCACCCAUUCAGCUCAUUUCUCCCUUUCCUAAGCACAACCCAUUCAGAUCAGAGCUUCACUCGCAAGAAACUAACUCUAAAGGUUCCAACUUUCUUCCACCAAUGGCCGAGAAAUCGAAGAUUCUGGUGAUCGGAGGAACAGGGUACAUCGGGAAGCACAUCGUGGAAGCUAGUGCCAAGGCCGGAAACCCCACUUUCGCUCUCGUCAGAGAGUCCACUCUCUCCUCCAAAGCCGCCAUCGUUGACGGAUUCAAGUCACUUGGUGUCACCAUCGUCGUUGGAGAUAUUGACGAUCACGAGAAGCUGGUGAAGGCGAUCAAGGAAGUGGAUAUCGUGAUCUCCGCGCUCGGUCAGAAUAUCCCCGAUCAGGUCAAGAUCAUCGCGGCCAUCAAAGAGGCCGGAAAUGUCAAGAGAUUCUUGCCGUCGGAGUUUGGGAACGACGUCGGCAGGACCAGGGCAGUGGAGCCGGUGCGAUCGAUCUUCCAGGAGAAGGUGAAAAUCCGAGAGGCGGUUCAGGCCGCCGGAAUUCCACACACCUUCGUCUCCUCCAACUGCUUCGCCGGAUACUUCCUCCCCAAUCUGAACCAGCCCGGCGCCACCUCUCCUCCCAGAGAGAAUGUCGUCAUCUUGGGCGACGGAACCGCCAAAGCGGUUUACAACAAGGAGGAAGAUAUCGGCGCAUUCACGAUCAAAGCAGCGCAAGAUCCAAGAACACUGAACAAGAUCGUCUACAUCAGGCCGGAAAGCAACACUUACUCGUUCAACGACCUUGUCGCUCUGUGGGAGAAGAAGAUUGGGAAAAGCUUGCAGAAGAUCUACAUUCCAGAGGAACAGAUCCUGAAGAACAUCCAAGAAGCUGAAAUCCCGAUGAACAUAAUCUACGCGCUGGGGCAUGCGGUGUUCGUGCUGGGAGAUCAGACUUACUUCGAGAUCGAGCCGUCGUUCGGGCUGGAGGCGUCGGAGCUUUAUCCUGAUGUGAAGUACACGACUGUGGAUGAAUACCUGGACCAAUUUGUGUAAUUCUGUUACAAGAAGAAGAAGAAGAGAUUUUUAAUUUCCCAGUCUGUACUUUGAUUUUCUACUUUGUCAGCUCUAUGUUUACAUUCCACUGUACUGUAUUCCCUUCCCGCCAUGGAUUUGAUUUACGGUUUGAUCUGGUUUCUUGAUUAUGUCUAAUCUGUUAUGUUGGUGGGUGAAACUGAAAUCUCUUUCUAACCUCUUAAAACUCCAAUAUUCUGCUAAAAAGAAUUCAGCUCCACCAGAUCAUAGAUCCACCUAACGUUUGCUUGAUAGCUCUCCUUUUCCAAUUUCCAUGAUGAUGUAAGAAAGAUGAUCAAACAAUUAAAAAGAACGAAUAAAGCCUUACGCAAAGCUGACACGGGCCUGACGACAUUUAGACCGGCUGGCCGCCGGAACUUAACCUCCCAAUCUUUAAAAGCGCCUUUUCACCCCCAACCUCUAGCAGUCGCCGGCGGAAUUACAUAGACGGCGGAAAAGAGCGAGAUUCCGUUCACUGAAGGCACCUGCUACUGCUACAUCGAGGAAGUUUCCUCGGUCUACAAUACAAUCCCGGCGAUCGGUACUUCUGAUCUCGCCGGAGAAUCCACCGUCGUCGACAAAUUCAAGGCCCUCGGCAGUCCAUCUCCUCGCCGUAAGUUCAAUUGCACUCCUGGGCAUCUAAUUCACCUGUUCUAACCCUAUCUUUCGUUUCUUUCGCAUGCAAAAUCGAACCAAAAAGAUUUGUUCUUGGGCGAGAAUGAAUAAGAUCACAAAAG